AGUUGCGUCAUUCAAUUGCUCGUCUGUACCGAAAAUAACAAUGCCUGAGCCAAAAGGAGCCCCUGCCCCGAAGAAGGGCUCCAAGAAAGCCGUUUCUAAGAGCCAAGCGAAGGGUGGGAAGAAGCGUAGAAAGUCCAGGAAGGAAAGUUAUGCCAUUUACGUGUACAAGGUGUUGAAGCAAGUUCACCCUGACACUGGCAUCUCUUCUAAGGCGAUGGGAAUCAUGAAUUCGUUUGUGAAUGAUAUCUUUGAGCGCAUCGCCGGUGAGGCUUCUCGCCUAGCGCACUACAACAAGCGCUCUACCAUUUCUUCCCGGGAAAUCCAAACUGCUGUGAGACUCUUGCUGCCAGGCGAACUUGCAAAGCACGCCGUGUCCGAGGGAACCAAGGCAGUGACUAAGUAUACCAGCUCGAAGUAAAGAGCAAGGCUCUUGUUUAACACCAACGGCUCUUUUCAGAGCCACU